ACUGAGCUAUGGUCUCCAGGCCUCUCAUCCUUUUAGUUUUCAACAUGGUCUGCCUGGGGUGGACUCUACUUUGCUAUAGUCUUGCCUCAACCUCCUAGAGUGCUUGGAGUAGAGGCUGUCUUCUAGUUUUUAAUUUCUAAACAGUAUAUUAUCAUUCUCUAGUCGCCAUAGUGUGCAAUAGAACACCAGACCUUUCUAACUAUAACUUAGUGCCUAUUCACCUUUUCCUAUGGAAGUGACAUUCUUAUGAUGUACAUCAGCUAGAGAGAAAUGAGGGCAGUGAUAGUGGCUACUCUAGACAGGAUCACCAAGGGAAAUUCCACAGAGGGAAUUUCCCUUUCCCUCUGGCCCCCUCCCUUGCUCCAACCCUGCAGUUGCUUCAGGACUAGAAAGCUGUAGCUCUGUGAUCAUUAGAACCCAGGUGGAGCGGGACAGGCUAAAAGACGAAAGACAAGUGGGUUCCCUGUCUAGCUGAGCUUGCGCAAUGUGGGCAAAGCGACCCAGGAACCCAGGACGGUGGGCUCCUUCCGUAGAGCGCAGGCGCACAAGGGCGGACCGCGGCACGGCGCGCAUGCUCGCGCGAAGGCGGGAAGCCAGAGGGCAGUAGACUGGAUCUGCAGCCCGGGGCUGUCUGCGCGCCGGGCCUGCCUGCGCGCCGGGCCUGGCCGGGCUGGGUCCUGAGAAGGGUCGAAAGGAGAGGUGUGGCUGUUGGCUCUGAGAACGCGAUGGAGACUCAGUCGCAGCUGAAACCAAGCCUUUGGCCCUUCUGCUUCAGCGUGAAAGGUCAUGUGAAGAUGUUGCGGCUGGUACUAACUGUGACAUCUAUGAUUCUUUUUAUUAUUGCACAAGCCCCUGAACCAUACAUUGUUAUCACUGGAUUUGAAGCCACUGUUAUUUUCUUUUUCAUAAUUUUAUAUAUACUCAGACUUGAUCAAAUGAUGAAAUGGUUAUUUUGGCCUUUGCUUGAUAUUAUCAACUCAGUGGUAACAACAUUAUUCAUGAUCAUCAUAUCUGUGUUGGCAUUGAUGCCAGAAACCACAACAUUGAUAAUCCUUGGAGGAGGUCUGAGAUAUGCAGUUCAGGAUGGGCUUGAAUUCAUUAUAUAGCCCAGGCUGGCCUCAGUCUCCCUGGAAUCCCCCCCCUCAGCCUCCCAAGUGCUGGGAUUAAAGGUGUGUACCACCAUGCCUGACAACUUUUCCUUUUAAAGAAAAGGAUAAAUGUCAUUUGUUAAGGUGAGACAGACUGUUCUGCAUCUUCUUCAGAUGGAAUAUAACAGAUGUUCUUAUAAUAAAAGAAUGUAGUGUAAGCCUUGCAACUGAAGAAUUAUUUUUGAAUACUGCUUAAAGAAAAGCAAAUCAACUUAAUCAGGCUUUAUCCUGGAAAGCAAACCAAAAUAAGAGUCGAGUCAUUUAAUUAUACUUUCAUCUGAUAUUCUGCCAAGGUUCACUUGACUUUUCUAGGUUCUAAUCUGGAGGAUUGAAUUAGAAAUUUUUUCUUCUGUCCUACUUUCUUACGCUUUCAUAGUAUGAUCCACUUAGGAGAAUUGACUAUGCUUGGACAGCCCUGUAUGUCAGAACCCAUGACUUUAUCUCCCUUCAGCCCUAUGCAACUUCAUGAGAGAUCAGAAUUAUUCUAGAAAUGAGACAACACUGUGACAGCAAUUUCUCCCAAUUGUUUUUUUAAAGACAGUUUUAUUCCUUUCCUAGUAAGGAAAAAAGAGAGACCAGGCAUGGGAUUUAUGUUCAUUCACUUAUUUACUCAUUAAUUCAUGUGUUUAUUCCUUUCAUGCUGACAAACUAGAGAGCUGUGUUAUCUAAUACACUAGCCACUAGCCAUAUGUGGCUACUGAUCACUAGCAAUAUGCUAGUUUCAGUUGAGAUAAGUUGUAAGUAUAAAAUAUACAUUGAAUUCCAAAGAUUAACCCCCAAAAGUGUAAAAUACUUCAUUAAUAACUUUAUUAUAUUAAUGACAUGUUAAAUGAUAAUUUGGAUACAUUGUGCUACAUAAAAUAUUAAAAUUAAUUUCAUUUGGUUUGUUGUUUUGUUUUGUUUUGCAAUACUGGGGAUUGAACUCAGAGCUUUCACACUGGACUACAACCCCAGCCCUUUUUUUAUUUUUUAAGACAGGGUCUCACUAAGCUGCCAAGUUGCCCAAGCUAGGCUCAUACUUGGGAUUUUCCUUCCUCAGUCUCCGAGUUCUAAGAUUACAGAUGUGAACCACUAUGCCCAGUUUAUUUCCUGUGCUCUUGGAAAAUCUUGAAAUAGGUGGCUUACAUUGAUGACUCACAAAUUCCUUUUGGACAGUACUGGAUUAAAGUAUGAGCCCUGUCUAUCUUCAAGUUGCUUAGAACCUAACCCAAGAGACUGACAUGCAAACAGCUGUUUGUAAUAAAUUGAGAGACUGCUGCUGGUCACAGAAAAAAAGGAAAUAACUACCCUCUCUGACAAUGAAAUUGCAGUUUAUGGAGAAUAAGAAGCAAAGGAGAAAGGUUUCAGGGAGAGAACCUAGCAGUGUGCAGAAAUAUGAAAGUCAUAAAAGGGUCAGUAGAAGGUAUUCACUAUGAUGUGACUCUAGGAGGUAGUGGCUUGAGACCAGGGGGUAGAUUCUGCUGAGGAAGCCAGACUGAGCCAGGAAGCCGACUUCUGGACAGCUGGAUGAAGCUGUCCAAAUAGUGUGGAAAGAAUGACAUCUCCCUUCCCCAGCCCAGGUACUAGCUGUAAUAGCCAUCAAACCAGCUAAAGUUCCCAUGUGUUCUAGUUUGUUCCCUUUACCUUAGUUUUACUUCUAGGGCCCAUUUAGAAUCCCAUUCAUAAGCAGGUGAAUGUAGCCCAUAAGUAGCCCAGCCCUAGAGAGUUCACUUUGGGUCAUUUUAUUGCUCCAAUUCCCCCAAAGAUUUUAACAUUGAGUUUUGACCCUUUCUCCUGUAGAGUUUCACAGUAGGCAACUCAACAGUUGAUCAUUAGGAUGGAAAUAACUAAAUAUAGUCCGAGAGGCUUAAAAGAAUACGUGCAGGAGCAAAUGAGGAGAUGAAGACACAGUCCACACUGCUUCUGUAUUAUUUCUGUUCACUCACAUUAUCCUUUCCCUGUCAGCAGGUAUGGGGGAAACUUGGCACUGAAGAGGAUAGGAUGAUCUCUAAAGUCUCUUCCUGUUUUAGUGUUGAGUGGCAGUGUAGGGAGCAAUCUUAGUACCUUAGCAGGAGAAGAAUCCCAUGGGCAGACCACUUUUAAAAACCUGAUGCCAGUGACAGUGUGUCUUUCU